AUGGCUUUCCGUCUACCACCCCAAGUUCCUCGCCGUCGCCCUUCCUACUCUGCUCCUCAACCUCCCGCUCUCGACGUCCCUCAACCUCAAUCUCUCUCCGAACUCCGUGAGCACGAAUCCACAGAAUGGGUCCUCUUCUCUCCAUCCCAGCCCUCUACCACCGCCCGCACUCACACGACCUCCACUGAGCGCACGGCUCGCACUGUUGGGGCAUCGCGUCUUAGUGACUUCGGCUCGCUCGAUACAAAUACAAGAUCUGGGCGGGAGAAUGAAAGCGAGGGCGAUGGAUCGCUUGAUGAGCCGCUGGACGAAGAUGGAACGGAACUGGACAGUCUCGAUGACGGCCUUCAUGCUUUCAGGGCACCCUCCCCGGAUGCUGAGUCUAGUUCACGAUGGGACCAAGGCACUCCCGCACAUCUUCCUACACACGACGGAUUAGGGAGUUUCGUCGCAUCCAGCCAGCCCGUGCAGAACCAAUUAUGGCAACAUGAACAAUACAAUCCUAAUCGAAGACCAGAGCUCGCACAUCGACGACGCUCGAGCGUGCAACGUCAUCUGGACGCUAUUGCUAAUGAUGAUGAACAAACCGACUCUGACCGAGAGCGUUGGCAGCGAAUCGAACAAUGGAGGAUGGACCAAAGUCGUGCUCUUCUUCAUGAGAUUGAAAGGGCUACACGGCGGCGCCGCAACAGCCGUCUUAGUGGAUCGAAUGCGGCGGCGAUCUCUCAAGGUAGACAAUCAGAUACACCACCUAGUGCUCGGGCGGUGCCUCAAGAGCAGCAAACAGCUUCCAGCGAGGCCAGAGUGGACGAAGAUGAAUCAUUUUGGCAACGUAUCACUCGCAAAGUCAUCCGUGACUUGAUGGGUAUUGACGACUCAAUACUAUCGGUUAUAUUUGGUGAAUCCCUACCCGAGACUGGUGAAGACGGCAAAUCUGAAGAGCCCGAUAUGAACCUACAGAUGGAUGAAAUACUGAGCCGGGAACCCGACACAGCGACUGGUGACCAGGACCGAUGGGAGACGAGGCUCCUUCAACGCAUAGCCCGGGAGCUAGGAAUUCUUGUCAAUCAACUUUGCGAACACCCAGGGGCGUUCACGACAUACCUCAAUAUGUCGAAUGAUAUCCCUAACCAGUAUGCUGGGAUACCCCUGAGUAGCUUACCGGAAGAAGGCAACGCCCUCCCUUCAGCAGAAGGACCUGUUGCAGAGUCUACACGUAACAGCGAUUCAGUAUUAACACCACAAUUUCUACCAACUCUUCAAGACCCGAACCGGGAGCAUGCAGCUGAGUGGGGCAUCGAAGACGAGCUUCCAAGCCGCUCUACAGAGCAAUUUUCUGAGUCCAGACGCCACCAACAAGAGAAAGAAUAUUGGGAACGUGAACUCGAUAUCAUGAUGGUAUUCCGCUACCUCCGGAACCGCUUUGGUCGCCGCCCCAGCAAUGCCGACACAGCAAACUCACGCCGAGCUUCGCAAGAUGCGUCUCGUCGCGCUGCCAUCAUCCGUCAACACCAUCCGCUUGUCGCGCGGGCACAUUCAAGGUCACAGGCGCAGAUGCGUCGCCAGUCACAGUGCUCAGGUCCGACUGGCGUUUCAUCGCCCGUCUUACGCCAACACAUCCGCCGUCCCAGCUCCAGCUGCGCCAGCCAGAGUGCAAAGAUGUCGGCUAUCUCUAGCCGGCGAACUCUUACUAGCUCGAGCCGCAAUUACUGGGAUAUUGGAGGGAGUGUGGAUAGCGGGAGUGCCAUCGCCCCAGCGCCUCCCGGUAUCGGAUCUUGGGGUGACGUGUGA